AUGGUCCCCGAGCUCGUCGCCAUGCCCCCGCCGCCCCCCGCCGACGCCGAGGUCGCCGAGGCCAAGGCCCCGGAGAGCGGCGACGACGACGACGGCGAGGCGCUGAGCGACAGCGAGAGCGACAUGCCCAACCUCGUGUCGGCGUCGUCCGGGUCGUCGAGCGAGGACGACGACGAGGGCCCCGGGCCGGCGGCCUUCGCGGAGAUGCGCCCCCCGCGCGACUCCGACUCGGAGUCCGACGACGACGGCGGCGAGGGCCAGCGCUUCGUGCGCAUCGGGCGCCACGUGCUGCUCUUGGGCGACGAGGGCGGCGGCGACGAGGGCCUGGGCGGGCGGCCCGUGCGCCUGCGGACGGCGCUCGCGCUCGUGCGCCACAUGAUGCUCGCGAACCGGGGCUCGGAGACGCUCGAGGCCAUGGUCGACAUGCUCGUGAGGGAGCGGUCGGUGUCUUCCCCGCCGGUCGUCGCCGCGUUCCGCGCCGUCGACCGCGCGGCGUUCCUGCCCGCGGCCGUGCGCGACGAGGCCUACGUGAACAUGCCCGUGCGCCACGGCCUCGUGCACCAGAGCUCGCCGUCGGUCUACGGGUCCGCGCUCGAGGCCUUGGAUCUGAAACCGGGCCUCUCGUUCCUCAACGUGGGGAGCGGCACGGGCUACUUCUCGGCGCUGGCGGCGCAGCUGCUGGGCCCCGACGCCGUCCACGUGGGCCUCGAGCGCCACGCGGACCUCGUCCGCCACGCGCGGGAGCGCUGCGCGGCCGCGGGCGUCGUAGGGGUCUGCUUCGAGGUCGGCGACGUCUACGACCUCGACGCGGCCGCGUGCCCCAGGUUCGACCGCAUCUACGUCGGCGCGGGCGCGCGGCGCGACGCGCGGGAUCUCCUGUUCCGGCUCCUGCGGCCCGGCGGCGUCGUCGUGGGGCCCUUCGAGACGUCGGGCGGCUCGCCGCGGUCCGAUUCGCAGAAGCUGCUGCGCGCGACGUGCCGCGGCGGCGGCGCCUUCGCGCUCGCCUACACGACGGCCGUGUCCUUCGCCUGGCUCCACCGCGAGCCGCGGCGCUUCCGGCGGCCGGCGCCCCUGGCGCUCCGGGGGCCGCCGUGGGACGCGCGGCGCCGCGCGUUCCCGCCGUCGUUCCGCCGCGCCGUCGGCCGCCUCGGCGCGGACCUCGCGCGGGACCCGGGCAAGCCGGCGUCGUCCGUGCCCUGGGCCGACGUCUGGGAGGACCUGAUCCUGGCGCACCUGCCCUUCCACGCCUUCGACGCGCCCGCGCCGCCGGCGCCGUGCGCCGCGUGCGGCGCGCCCGCGGCCGCCGCGUGCCUCUGCGGGGGCGUCGCCUACUGCUCGCGCGCCUGCGCAUUGGGCGCCUUCCCGGCCCACGCCGCGACCUGCGCCGCGCGGCCCGAAACGGCCCGCGGCGACGACGCGGACGACGCGUCGACGGCGGACGCGUCGCGCGCGGCGACGCCGCCGCCGCCGCCCGGCGGCGCGCCGCCGCCGGACCCCGACGACGACGACGACGACGACGACGACGACGACAUCGCGGCGCUCUCCGCGCGGCUCCAGGACGCGCUCGACGGCGGCGGCCGCGACUCCGACGACGGCGCGGAGGCGCGCGAGGCCGCGUUCCUGUCCUGGUGGUGGUGGGAGGACGGCGCCGAGGAGCUCGAGGAGGCGCGCCGGAAGCGCGCCUACGCGCGGGACCGCCGCUACCGCCGGCUCCCCGUGCGCCGCGCGGACCCGGCCGACGACGCCGGCGACGCCGCCGGCGACGCCGCGGACGCCGCGGGCGACGAGACCGCCCGCCUCGCCGCCGCCGCGGCCUCCCAGGCCCGCUACGACCGCGGCGACGGCGGCGACGACGACGCGUCGUCCGCGGCCGACUCCAUGCCGGGCCUCGCGGGCUCGUCGUCGUCCUCCGACGACUCCGACGACUCGGGCGUCGACAUGUGA